CAAAGUAGUAGUACGAGCAGCAUAUCUACAAACUCUCUGAUGAUUUGGAUUUUGACAAAGGAUGUCUUUUUGCACCAUGAAGGCUGUUGCAGUAAUUCUGCUUUUGACACUGAACCUGAUAACGCUUGAUGCGACCUCUUUCUCCUCUGAGAAGCAUAGUCGCAAGAAGAGAGCCUGGAUCAUAGACUCAUUCACCAUUGACGAAGAACACCCUGGCCCCUUUCCAUAUAAACUUGGGACUAUUGAGCUUGAGCGUGAUUACCAGGUUGGUUUUGCGCUAACUGGGAAGGGGGUUGAUGAAGAACCUGUGGGCAUCCUGUCUAUCAACGAAAAGACUGGAGUCAUUAUGGUUCAUGGGAAAGUUGACUAUGAGCAGCACAGUGUUCUCAAGCUUGUAUUUGAAGCCAGAAACAUGUCCAAUAUGAAAGUGGACACAAAACUGGGUGUUGAGAUAAGCAUCUUGGACAUCAAUGACCAUGCUCCACUAUUUCAGAAGAACGUAUAUGAAAUUGCCGUUGAGGAAUCAACAAUACAAGGAACAAAACUGAUUAUGGUUUUAGCCACAGACAGUGAUGCACCAGGCACUCCAAAUUCAACUUUUGAUUACAGAAUUGCUUCUGUGACCCCCCAAACACCUAAUGUAGAAUUUUACAUUGAAAAAAAUGGACAGAUCUCAUUUAAAGGAUGUUUGGACUAUGAGGCAACAGAAAAAUAUACCAUAGUGGUGGAAGCAAAGGACCGCGGUGAUGUGGUGCGCCUUUCAAGCACUUGCUCAGUCAUUGUCAAUGUCGUGGAUAAAAACAACCACAUUCCAACCCUUGUUGGCCAUACAGGAAAAGGUAAAGUAAAGGAGCGGGAAACUGGGACAACUGUUCUCCGACUACAUGUAGACGACAAAGACACGAGAAACACCUCGGCAUGGAGGGCAAAGUAUACAAUACAUGGAGACAAGGAUGGCCACUUUAAGAUAGUAACAGACCCAGAGACGAAUGAUGGAAUCCUCAUGGUGGAAAAGCCUCUGGACUUUGAAGAGGGUGCAGAGAGGAACCUAUCCAUCAGUGUGGAGAAUGAGGAUCCAUACUUCUCCUGUGAGUUGAAGAGGAAGACAACGACGGGACUCUGGCAGGUUGUCAACACUGGGGGCGUUUCCGGCACUGGCAUCAUCCCCAAGAAUCCAUCAGAGAUGGUCACCAUCAUCGUGGAGGACAUCAACGAUCCCCCACUAUUUAAGCAUUCAGUUAAAGAUGUUAUGGUGGAGGAAAAUGUGAGAAUGGGACAUCCGCUCGAACAAUUCACUGCAGUGGACCUGGACCUUAGCUACACAAAUGAAUUUGAGUACGUGAAAGGUUAUGACCCAGAUAACUGGGUGACUUUGGACUCCAAGACUGGUAAAAUAUCCACAGCAAAGGUCCUGGACAGAGAAUCACCCUAUGUGAAGAAUGAUAUCUACACUGUAACCUUGUAUGCAAUUGAUAAAGGUGACCCCCCGAUGACUGCUACCGCAACACUCACCAUCCGUCUGAAGGACAUCAAUGACAAUGUACCCAUGCUCAUCAACACCACGGUGGACAUGUGUCUCUCAGAUGGAUCUGCGGUCAUUGGUGCCACUGACCUGGACGAGGUCCCCUACAGCGGGCCUUUCCGCUUCGAGCUGCUUGGGGACGUCAAGGAUAAAUGGCACCUUGAUCCUAAUUUUGGGAACACUGUAAACCUGGUGAAGGAGAACACAGUUUAUGUUGGGUAUCAUGAGCUGCUCUUGAACAUCUAUGACACUCAGGGACAGGUCUCCCAGCAGAACCUCUCUGUCACUGUGUGUGACUGCUAUGACACGCCCAACUGCCACCUCCGCCGUUCCACCAGCACUCAAGUAGGCGGAAGUGCCGUUGGGAUCAUGCUCGCCGCGUUGCUUUUAUUAAUAGGUAUUCUGCUCCUGGCUUUUCUAAUAUCCUGCACGAGGGUGAAACCGAUCAUCGAAAUUGUCCAAGACUCUGGGGAGUACUUGAUUCCAUCCAAUAUUGAGAUACCAGGAACUGACUGCAAGGUUCCUAUGACAUUACAAGAAGUUGACAAAGGUCAAGUCAAUGUGUCUCAAGAUAUGACUGCAAAUGGGACUCUGCAGACAGCCCACACUGGUUAUCAGAGUUUGCAACAAUCAGCUUUUCAAGGCCAGAUGAGUCUCUCUCAAAAUGCUGCACCACUGUACCAGUUCCAGCGUGGGAACUCCAUAUACAGGAGCAUGACUAUGCAGUCAAACAGCAGAAGCAGUCACUAUCAGGGGUCUACCUUUAAUAGAAAGCACCCCAUGUCCAUGUCCAUGUCCAAAGGCCAGAGUGUUCUGAAGCGGAAUGAAGCCCUCAACUCAUUGCUUUUUCAGAGGAUAUGUACAAUCCAAGCCCCCAACAAGGAGCUAUUUGAUUACAAGCCCCACGUGUAUGCAUAUGAGGAGGAUUUUGUGACAGACCCCCAUCUGGACGCCAUCUCCAUCCCUGAAAGUGACUUUGUCCCGGACGAGCUCCUGUACCUGGGCUCCAGAUUUAAUCGACUGGCAUCUAUUUGCAUGCCCACCCCAGCACCGCAUUAGGACUGUUUCAUUGUUAAAGGAGCAUGUAGAUCUGACUGUGCCAGACUGGAGUUAGACAACAUACUCUACUGAUGGUCUGUGAUCACCUUUAAAGAACAACAUCCACACCACAUAUUGUCCAAGGAAUAUAAGCACACUUUUAUAAUGGAUAUCAAUA